GUGGCCGUUGCCGGGAUGUGGCGUUGGCGGCGGGUGGGGCAGGAACUGCAGCGGCCCCUCCGCGAGCGGCUCCUGCUGCGCCCGGCUGGGGCCCAACGCGCUGGGGCCGCCGCCGCCGCCUCCCUACCCAGCGCGAGGGGCGGUGUGUACGAGGCGCUGGCCGAGUGGCCCCCGUGCACUGGGCGGAAGAGCGGGCUGGUGGCGUUGCGGGGCACCGGCCUGCCCUGGUGGCUCAGCAUCGUGUGUGCCGGCGCCGCCCUGCGCACCGGCCUCACCCUCGCGCGCGCACAGGGCCACGUCCUGGCCAAGCUGGAAAAUUUGCAACCCGAAAUAGAAAACCUAGCUAAGCAUCUUCGCUAUGAAGUUUCAAUUCGUGGGAAGCAACUGGGUUGGUCUGAAAAAGUUGCUAGGUUCCAUUUCAGGAAGAAUCUGGGAAGGAUUAUUUCAGAGUUGUAUGUUCGAGACAACUGCCAUCCCUUCAAGGCUAGUCUGUUGAUGUGGAUACAGAUUCCAGUGUGGGUGUUUGUUUCCAUAGCUUUGCGUAACUGCAGUGUAGGGGCAGCAGACUCAGAAGUCCUUGCAGUUCAGGAACAGCUGUCGACAGGUGGAACUCUGUGGUUUACAGACCUUACUGUACCAGAUACUACAUGGAUUUUGCCAGUCUCACUUGGGCUACUCAAUUUGCUGAUAGUGGAGAUCUUUGCUCUGCGAAAACUUGAACUGUCCAGGUUCCAGAAGUAUGCUACCAACUUCAUUCGAGGACUGUCAGUACUGAUGGUUCCUAUUGCUGCAACUGUACCUUCAUCCAUGGCUUUGUACUGGUUAUCCUCCAGCUUCAUGGGACUCUCACACAACCUGCUACUGCGCUCUCCAACUUUUCGUCGACUGUGUCGCAUACCAAGGACCAAGUCUGACUCAGACACUCCUUAUAGGGACAUAGUCUCUGCCUUUUAUACUAAGUACUCUUUUAAAAAGUGAUACAUUUUGCAUUCAGUGAAAGAACUACCCUAUACAGGCAACUUGAGAAAUUCAGAAGUCAUAUUGUAUUGAAAUGUACCUAUUUAAUAUGGGGCAAAUCUAUGCUACCAUGCUGCAUC